CGCGUGGCCGGGUCAAUCGGGGCAUCAUUGAUCGGUUGGACAUCGAGGGCUCAAGCACGACCACUGUGAAGAUGAAUUUCUUUGGCGCCAUUAUUGCGCUCGCCAUUUGUGCUCUAUGUGGAUUAACCCAAGCGGAUAUAUCGCUCAAGCUGCGACAGCAGCAACAGCAACAGCAACAACUGCAACAACAACAACAGCCGCUGAUCACCAAGGAGCAGUACUACAAGACGGGCAAUAGCUUCCAGGAGAGUAACUACGGCAACUCAGGCUAUCAGAUCUUUGAGGUUCAUAAUCAUUUUGCUGGCAAAGCUGGUCCCGCCUAUCUGCCACCUCAGGGUCAGAGUUCAAGUGGACAUGCCCAUGAUGAUAGCCUGGACUUGUCCUUCCUGAACUUUGCUGAUGCUUCAGCUCCAGCGCCAGCUUCGGCGACUCCCGCUCCUGCUGCUGCUGCUCCCAUUUCCGUGCCUUUCCCAUCAAACUAUCAGCAUGACUUCCAGCGUAAGGCUCCGGCUGCAUCUUCGUCUGUUGGUUACAGUGGCCAGGCCUAUCUGCCACCCAGCGCUCCGGCACCCAUUGUCCAACAGCAACAGCAAGUGGUGCAGCAGCAACAGCAGGUGAUUCCUCAGCAACAGCAGGUGGUGCAGCAGCAAGUGCAACAGCAAGUGCAACAGCAAGUGGUGCAGCAGCAACAAGUGCAACAGCAAUACACCCAACAGACCUACGAGGCACCCGGCUAUCUGCCACCCACUACUGCCGAGGAGAUUGCACCCGCAGUGUCCAAUUACCAAGCACCGGAUUACCUUCCACCCACGGCCACGCCCAUUAGCUAUCCUCAGCAACAGAAGGUUUUCCAAGGACCCACCUAUCUGCCACCCCAGCAAGAGCAAGUGCAACAAGUCCAAGUGGUGCAACAGCAGCAGCAACAACAGCAACAAGUGCAGCAGGUUCAGGAAGUUCAGCAGCAGCAGCAACAGAUUGCUGUGCAAACUCAGGGACAGGAAUAUCGGGCUCCUGGCUAUCUGCCACCUGGCUACGACUUCGCCAAUCCCGAUCAGUUGCCUUUGUCACUCACUCAGAAUGUUGCUAACUCGCAGAGUGUGUCUUCGGUUCAGAAUGUUGCCACCACACAGAGUGUUGCUGCGGUGCAACAAGUUGCUGGCGAGUACCGUGCUCCUGGUUAUCUGCCACCUGGCUACGAUGAGCCACGACCACAAGCUCCAAGCCAGAUCACCUACCAGCAGCAACAGCAGCAGCAACCACUGCAAGUCCAGCAGCAGCAACCACUGCAAGUCCAGCAGCAGCAACCACUGCAAGUUCAACAGCAGCAACCACUGCAAAUCCAGCAGCAGCAACAGCAACAGGUGUAUGUUGCACCUACCCAAGCCACUGUCAGCAAUCCUGGCGCCCUUCCCGAUGGCUAUGACUUUGUGAAGCCUGAAAACUCCGAGGCAGCCAUUGCCGAGCUGCACAGUCUUCAGACCCAAACGAAGCUGCUGAAGCAGCAGCAAGAGCAACAGUUACUGUUGCAGCAGCAGCAGCAACAACAACAGCAGCAACAACAGCAGCAACAGAUCGUGGUGCAGUCUCAGUUACAGGUUGCCCAGCAACAGCAAAGCGCAGACAUUGUCUAUGGCCGCCCCAAGUCGCAGCAACAGCAACCAUUGGCUCCUCAAAGCACACUGGCAACAUCUACUGCUGGCAGCUACCAGCAACAUUUCACGGCACCUGGUUACUUGCCACCAACGACCGCUGUUUCGGCUCCCGCUCCAGCUCCAGUUGCUGCCCCUGUAACCGUUUCCAUUCCAGCUCCUGCUCCUUUGGCCAUCCCUGCACCAGCUCCAGCUCCUGUUGCCGUUGUCCAGACAACAGCAACAUCUAGCUCUUACCAGCAGCAACAGCAGCAGCAAUACAGGGCUUCUGGUUAUCUGCCACCAACUGUUGCAGCUCCUGCCCCCGCUCCCAUUCAGAUUGCUGCUCCAGCUCCAGCUCCCGUUCAUGUUGCUGCUCCUGCUCCAGCUCCAGUGCGUGUUGCAGCUCCUGCUCCCGCUCCUGUCCGCGUGGCAGCUCCCGCUCCCGCUCCCGUUCGUGUGGCAGCCCCUGCACCCGCUCCUAUUCAUGUGCCCGGACCAGCUCCCAUUGCCAUUUCCCUGCCAGCUCCAGCUCCCACCCAGGGUACCCAUCUUCAUUCCCUGAGAAGCUACAUGAACACCGUUCAGCCCUUCGCCCGCUAUGCCGCUCAGCCAGUCACUGUACGCCAGCAAGUCCAGCAGCAACAGCAUCAUCAUCACCAUCAUCAUCAUCAGGUGCAACAGCAACAGAUCAUCGAGGUGGCACCCAUGUACCGUGAGCAAUCCAAGCGUCCACGUUUCUAUGCCCCAGCCUUUGUCAGCAAUGCUGUGCCCCGCCAGCAACAGCCCCAGCAACACGUGCAUCAGCACUACCAUCACCGUGCUGUGGUCCAGAGUCAGAAAUUGCAACCCAUAGCUGCACCCACUCUUAACUUCAAGACACAGCAAUCCCUGCAGAAGUUCAUGCCCAAGGAUGUUCAAGUGGCUGUGAAUGUGGCAAUGGCAGCCACGGCACCAAUUGUGGCACCACCAGCCCUGCGCGGCAGUUCACGAGUGCGAACCGUACAGAUUGUUAAGCCACAUGCCACACGUACGUUUAAGGUGCUCGAGCAACUCGAUCAGGCUGGCGUUAAGACCAUCAAGAUUCUUGGUGCCACCAAUGAACAGCCCCAGGGACGUCAUCAGGUGGUAAAAGUGGUUACUCAGAAUGCCCACAGCGGUGCCGAGAGUCAUGUGCAGACUGUUAAGAUCUACGAUGAUGUGCAGCAGCAACAGCAGCAGCCACUGAGAUUGCAGCAACAGAACAAUGGCUACUUGCCACCAGCUCGUCCCAGGUCGCGUAUCGUGCGUCAGGCAUCGAAGCCGCUGCGUCUGUAUCCCGUUGCCAGUCUCUAAGGAAUGGAAUGGGGUCAAGGUCAACUCCCAGCACUGAUUAGUUGUUAAUUUCAUCAUCGAGCGUCUAACUAACUAUUUUUUUUUUUUGUACAAAACUCUUUUUCGCUUUUUUCUACCUCAUUUUGCAUGCAUUUCUGUGCACUGAAAAAAAAAAACAAGCCACAAACCACAAAUCCCAAAUCGCAUUCGAAAUCAAAUCAUUUGCAUGCAAUAACAACCGAUUCGAAUUUCUUACCUAAUAAAUUUAUACUUACGUAAAAUAUGUAAA